CCCGUGCCCAGACUCCGCCCUCGCAGCCAGACUCGGAACCGGGUCCCCUCCGGCGCGCGCGGACAGCCAGCGCGCGCCACGAGCUUGGAGAGGACGGUCCUGGACCUAGAGGCCACGCGCCCUCCUUCUAGGGCUCCACUGGGGCUGAGCGCAGUGGACACGGCCGGGCCGGACAGGACCAUGAUCCAGAGGAGCUGAUUUUGGUGGAGAAGGAGAGCUGGGGGAAAAGUGGGGUGAGUGCAGACAGACCCUGCACGGAGCCCAGAAAGUUGUCGGUGGGGCUGCCCGGGUGCGCGGGGAAGGAGAGUCCAUGGCCCGCAGCGGCCGUGCGGUGGGCGAGGGGGAGACCCGCCGCGCUCGCUUCCAAUGCGCCCUGCGCUGGGCACCGUCUUCUCCGCCUUUGCCCAGCGCCUGAACCCUCGGAGCAGAGCAUGGCCGAGGCAGUGCCGUGGCCCUCGGACCCCAACGCCACCGAAGCCGGCUUCCUAGCCGGCGUGGGCUCGCCCUGGACCAACGACACCUCCUCGGUGGUGGCCACCGCAGCCACCAGCGCGCCCUUCCGUUGCGCGCUGACCAAGACGGGUUUCCAGUUCUACUAUCUGCCCGCCGUGUACAUCCUGGUGUUCAUCGUGGGCUUCGUGGGCAACAGCGUGGCCAUCUGGAUGUUCGUCUUCCACAUGAAACCCUGGAGCGGCAUCUCCGUGUACAUGUUCAACUUGGCCCUGGCCGACUUUCUCUACGUCCUCACGCUGCCCGCGCUCAUCUUCUACUAUUUCAACAAGACCGACUGGAUCUUGGGCGACGCCAUGUGCAAGCUGCAACGCUUCAUCUUCCACCUGAACCUCUACGGCAGCAUCCUCUUCCUCACCUGCAUCAGUGCGCACCGUUACAGCGGCGUGGUGCGCCCGCUGCAGUCGCUGGGCCGCCAGCAGAAGAAGAGCGCGGUGUAUGUCAGCGUGUUGGUGUGGUUGGUGGUGGCCGCUGCCAUCUCGCCCAUCCUCUUCUACUCGGGCACUGGGGUUCGCAAGAACCGCACCAUGGCCUGCUAUGACACCGCUGCAGACGACUACCUGCGUAGCUACUUCGUGUACAGUCUGUGCACCACCGUGGCCAUGUUCUGCGUGCCCCUGGUGCUUAUCCUGGUCUGCUAUGGCCUCAUCGUGCGCGCUCUCAUCUACAAGGACUUGGAUAACUCGCCACUGCGACGCAAAUCCAUAUACCUGGUCAUCAUCGUGCUGGCCGUCUUCGCCGUGUCCUACAUCCCUUACCAUGUCAUGAAGACCAUGAACCUGAGAGCCCGCCUGGACUUCCAGACCCCGGAGAUGUGCGCCUUCAAUGACAGGGUUUAUGCCACCUACCAGGUGACCCGAGGGCUGGCCAGCCUUAACAGUUGUGUGGAUCCCAUCCUUUACUUCCUGGCCGGGGACACCUUCCGAAGGAGACUCUCCCGGGCCACCAGGAAGGCCUCCCGGAAGAGCGAGGCCAAUCUGCAGUCCAAGAGCGAGGACAUGACCCUCAACAUUCUGUCCGACUUCAAGCAGAAUGGAGACACGAGCUUGUGAAGUCCUAGGACACUUUUACUCCGCCCAGGCUCAGCCAAGGUCUCUGCUCAUUGUGGGGUGGAUGCUGGCCAGAACGUCUACCCCGAGUGGUUGCCUCUUUAGCUUCAGACCCCCAGAGUGGCCCUUGGUCCCUCCCCCAUGCAGUGUCCCCAUGGCAGCGAGGAAGAAGAGACAGGCCGGGCUUGAACUCCAGAACCACAUGGUCACAUGGAUACUGGA